CGACGGUAAAUUUUCGUUCUAAGUUAAACUUUCAAUUUUAUCUUGAUAGUGCGUUAACCAACAUAAUGAAGACAGAAGAUAUCGACGAGACGAAUGGAGAAGAUAUCAAUGAACCUGAGCAACAGCGCAAACUUUUUAUUGGUGGCCUUAGCUUUGAUACAACAAAUGAAAGUUUGAGUGCAUACUUUACUAAAUUUGGAGAAGUAACCGAUUCAGUUGUGAUGAUGGACCCAAAAACCAAGAAAUCAAGAGGUUUCGGAUUUGUCACAUUUAAAAGAAUCAAAAUGGUUGAUGCUGUUAUGAGUGAACGACCACAUAAAUUAGAUGGAAGAACGGUCACACCAAAACGUGCCGUUUCCAGAGAGGAUUCAGAAAAACCUGGUGCACAUGCAACGGUAAAGAAAAUUUUUGUUGGUGGAAUAAAAGAUGACACAACAGAACAACAUCUUAAAGAUCAUUUUCGAAAAUUUGGGAUUGUGGAACUUGUUGAGGUGAUGGAGGAUAGAGAAACAAGAAAAAAACGAGGAUUUGCUUUUGUUACUUUUGCUGAUCAUGAUCCUGUUGAUAAGAUUGUCAGUCAGAAAUAUCACACGAUUAAUGGACACAACUGUGAAGUGAGAAAGGCACUUCCUAAGAAUGAACUUGACAAACAUAAAAACAAACCUGGUGACAGAGGUCCACCACCACCUGAAUACAUGAGAGACAGAGAAAGAGAUUAUAGAAGAUCACCACCACCACCAGCAUAUGGACAUGACAGAUAUGGACCUCCAGGUUAUGAUCGAUACGGCCCUUCCAGUGCUUACGAUCGAUAUGCACCAAGCAGUUAUGAUCGUGGUUACCCACCUCCUCCUCGUGACUAUGAUAGAUAUGGUCCCCCUCCAAGGGAAUAUGCCAGUGAAUACGAUCGAUACAGAGAAUAUAGGGACUAUCCUAGAGAAUAUUCCCGGAGUUCCUCCGAUUACUAUAGAAGGGAAGCUUCAUAUUCUGAUCGACCAUCAUCGUAUGACUACCCGCCUCGUGAAGAAUACGUAUCAUCUUCGGAUAGAGAAAGAUCUUCUGCUCUUCCACCGAGCACUUCGGAGCGCGAUCGGGGUUACAGCAGCUCACAUACCACGUCACAUGAGAGCAGGGAUACUCGUGAUACAAGGGAUUCCCGUGAUCCUUACUCACGAAGUUCUAGUUCAGCAGCUCCGGAAUAUGAUUAUUCAAGAAAAACUGAAGGUGGCAGCAAUGGAUAUGAUUAUUCUUCUUACAUGAACAGCAGCAGCAACUAUGGUCCCAUGAAGAGCAGUUACAGUUCUCGAUCCGCUGGCCCAUACACAAGUUCUUACCCAAGCGCAGGUGCUGCUCCAAGUGGAAGCUCAGGGCAGUACAGUUCAAGUGCACGAUACUAACUAACUGUCUGCAUAGACAGUGCAGCGCAGGUUUGCCCACACAAACAUUUGUAAAUAGACGUCCUGUUUUCGAGAUGACGAAAUUUUGUCUCUCGGUUGAAAAAAGUCUAUAACUUGAAAAGGAGCCUCAGAAUUCUCACAAGGUUGUUUCAACAAACAGUUGGGCAUUUUAUAAGAAAAAGAAGUUAUAUCAAAGCAAGAAGAUUCCAAAGUUCAGUUAAGCAUCAAAUCGCUUACGAAGCAGGUCAACUAUGUUAUAGUCCUUGGUAAGCAUUACCAGUUUCUUUUGCUCGCCAGUGACAAUUUUAGAACUGAACAAAGUUGCACAUGGUUCAGUGUAGCUUAACUAACAAAGCAUUGGAAAGUGGAUAGAACUUUUCUUUGCACCUUCAGUUAAAUGUUUGUCUGAAAGCAUCAGCAUUUUCACAGGAAAGGGCUUUAAUAACAACCACAUACUGUAGUGUUGUACAUAUGUAUGUAUUCAUGGCAAUGGGAUGGUUAUUCAAAAUAAUGAAGUGAAUUUUGAGAUCAUUUAACCACUUUUGUUACAGGUGAAUGUAUUGUUAUAAAGAUUCUGAAUUAGUAAUACCUGCUUAACUGCCUUGGUUUUUUCACUGGUCCCCCUUUUAAUUUUUUUUUGUUUAUUCCAUCAUGGAGGUUAUAGUGUUCACUUGACCAUUAUCAAUUACUGUUUUUAUUACCAAUGAAAUUUUGACCUAAUUAAUAAACCACCUUUUGUAUAAUUCCGUUAAAACACUGGUAUAUCCCAAAAUAUAUUUUUAACCUAACUA